AUGUUUUUCUUGAUAUAUUUCGGUCUUUGUAAUGAUGGUAUUUCGAUACAUGUGACAGGUGUAAGUCAAUUUGUAAUAUCUCCACACAAAGAACACAUAAUAGAGUUUAGUUAUACACCUGAAAAUGCACAAAGUGUAUCAAUAUAUUGUGAUGGGAUUUUAAUAGACUGUGGCCCACUUGCAGGCGGACAAGUCAAUUGUUCAGUUCCUAAAAUGUCAGUAGGUCUUCAUUUUUGCCAAAGUAAAAUAGAUAUCGUUGGUUCUUAUAUUUUAGUAUUAAAUUAUCCGCUUAGAAUCAUUAUAAUUGCCAUGAUAUUUGCAAUUCUUGUACUGAUAUCAAAGGGUGUUCUAUUCAUUAUAAUCAAUUACACUAACGAAACAAAGAAUGGAUACGAAAAAAUUUCUCCUUCAUAUAAACAAGAAAAAGACUUUACUGACGACCUUUUUGAUCCAAUGCAAGAAAAGAAAGCUCAUAAGAGAUCGAAUUUCGAAAAUUAUUAA